AUGCAGAUGUCUCUGCGCCCAACUCUCUCCUUCUUCUUUCUUUUUCCGGCCGAUCUUUUCCCACUUACUCCCUCUGAGCUUGGACCCUUGUUUUUAGGAGUUUCGCCCCUUCCCUUUCGCUGCAUCUUGCCUCAUUAUGAUGGAUAA